CAAGCAAUAGUUACAGGCAUAUUCGAGUUGUAGUUGUUUGAUCUGUUUACGAUAUGAUACUGAUCUGUUAGUGUCAACAAUGACAUUUUCUUCGACCAAAAUCAUCAAUUUUGACACUGACAGAUCAAUAUUAAAUCGGAAACAUAUCGAAUAACUGUAACUCGAAUUGGCCUGUUAUUCUAACUAAGCAAUGCCUUUUUUGAACCACGACAGUGGCAAACAAGCAUACGGCCCGCCUGAUGGUAAGCAGUCACUGUAGCCUAUGGACGCCUGCAACUCCAGGGGAGUUACACGCGUUGCCGACCCUGACACUCCGCAUCCUCGUUGAGCUCUGGCAACCUUACUCACCGGCAGGAACACAACACUAUGAGUAGGGUCUAGUGUUAUUUGGCUGCGGUUUUCUGUAAGGUGGAGGUACUGGGGAGUUGGGCUCAGCUCUAGAUCUGGAAUGACAUCCGCUGUGCGGUGCCUUACCACAUAAACUAUUUCUGUUUAGCCCAAUAGUUGACUGAUAGAGAAUGCCUCAAGGCGUUAAGUCUGCCAUUUGUACUCUUUUUGUAAAUCUGUGCAAUAAAGUUUAAAUAAAUAAAUAAAGUGAGAUGACAUCGUAACUGUUAUUUGAGUUAUAUACUUUUAAAAGAAAUGUUCAACUAUCAUUUUUACUAUUUUGUUUCUAAUAUUAUCGUCAUAUAUAAGCUGGCCAUACUUUUGGACUAAGAUCGACAAACCUCAGAAACGGCAAAUUCGAAAUUUCGAAUCGAACCACCGCUUUUGAAUUUCGAACGCUCAAACGCGUACAGCCCGCUCCGUUCCAGGAGCGACCCUGCAGAGCUCACGCAGGCCGGGCAUCUCUGCGCAGCCUCCCCCCCACCAACCAAGCCUCCAGACCGCUAGCAGCGCCCGCGCGCGACGGACGUACCGUGCUGUCCGAAAACACCUGUGGCUCGAGACAAAAAUUGUGUGUGUUCAAUUUUGUUUUUGGAUUACAGUGUUGAAUGAAUGAGUGAAGUGACCGGUAAGGUUUUCCGUUCGAUACCAGUUGUAGUGUGGGAACGUGUUUUUUAUAUGCAGACAUCAUAAACGCUCAAAUAGUGACAUAGUGUUGUGUUGUGUUAGUGACAAUGUGCUAGACGUUUGACAGUAAGACAGUGUUUGACAGUGAGACUAUGUGCAGUGUGGUUGGUGGCAGCCAAAAUGUGUGCCACUACGAAUCUGGUAGCUGUAUUGUGUGCGUUGGCGUGUGUAGCCGGCUUUCAGCAACAGUACUUUAGGAUAGUACCCCGAAGUCUGCGAGUCCAAGAGGGUUCAGAAGCAGUUCUAGAAUGUGCUGUCGCUAACCUGGCCGGGCAGGUGCAGUGGGCUAAGGAUGGAUUUGCACUUGGGUUCUCCUCCGUCAUCCCCGGCUAUCCCCGCUACACGAUGAUCGGCGAUCGCCGCCACGGCGUUUACAACCUUAGGAUAGUGAACUCGACGCUAGAAGACGAGGCAGAAUACCAGUGCCAAGUGGGACCCGCGCAGAUGCAUAAGGUCAUAAGGGCCAACGCCUCGCUCACUGUUAUAGCACCCCCCACCUCAGUGGAGAUCACCAACCACCCCAACCCCAAGCUGGAAGUCAAGGAAGGGGAAGACGUGGUGUUGGAGUGUCAGGCGAAAAACGCGAAGCCUGCUGCUAGGAUCGUGUGGUAUCGGGGCAAUGUGGAGCUGAAAGGAGACAAAGUGUCCAAGGAAGAAAUCAGGGAUGUUGAAAGUCAAAACGGAAAUCCGAAGUCUACAAGAUAUACCACUAUAUCGAGGGUCCAUUUCAAAGCGACAGCGGACGAUGACUACGCAGAUUUCACAUGCGAGGCCCGGCACGAGGCGUUGCAGCGCGAUGCGCCUUUACGAAGCACUGUGCAACUUAGCGUGCUAUAUCCCCCCGGAGCCCCCUACAUCGAAGGCUACGCCGAAGGCGAGACAGUCAGGCGAGGACAGAGCCUGGAGCUGGUCUGCAGGAGCCGUGGAGGGAACCCACCAGCACAGCUCAUCUGGUACAAGAACGGAGAGCAAAUACGGAUGGCGUACAGGACCAGUGGCCGAAUGUCCGAAAACAUCUACUCUUUCAAAGCCGACGCAUCUGACAACAAGGCUCGGUAUAGCUGUGAGGCCAAAAACGUCAUGAUCAGCAACACUUUGAAGGCCGAGAUCGAUCUCACUGUCCUUUUCGCCCCAGCCCACGUAACCAUCACAGGCCCCACAGAAGCCAGGGUAGGGGACCCGGUGCCUCUGACCUGCAGCACGGCACCUUCGAAUCCCGCUGCUGACAUUAAGUGGUUGGUGCUUGGGAAGCAUCAUAAGGAAGCUAGCAAUCGCACUGUUAUAUCUCCGGAAGGUGGCUGGAUCACGACGUCCAACAUCACGGUGACUGUGGAGAAAGACAGACGUUCAAUCGUCGUUGUCUGUCACGGUAUCAACGCACAGCUGACUGAGAACGUCGUCGCUACGCACACUAUCAACGUGUUAUACGCCCCAUCAGCACCAAUGAUCACAGGCUACAUCCCAGGCACCACGCUGCAGGCCGGAACGGUGCAGAAGUUAGCCUGCAUGUCUACCGGCGGCAACCCCCUGGCUACGCUCACAUGGUUCAAAAAUGAUAAGAAGAUCCCACACACCGUAACCCGCACUGCAGACAAGUCCGUCACCGCUGAAAUCUCCAUCUUGGCCAACGUUACUGAUAACCAAGCUCAGUACCGUUGUGAGGCUACUAACAGCGCGACGGAGAUACCACUGUUCGAGACUGUUACUUUGAAUGUCCAUUUCGCUCCAGAAACCGUGAAAGUGACAACGGAACCCAGCGAGCUCAAACCGGGAAUCGAAGCUACACUAUCUUGCAAAUCGGCUGCCAGCAACCCGCCAGCAACACUGUCUUGGUGGCGUGAUGGCAUACCCGUGCAAGGUCUCCCGAUGAAGAUGAACCAAGGACUAUACGGUGGGACGCUGUCAACCAUGGAGCUCAAGUUGAACGUCACUAAGGACAUGAACGGGGCUGUGUAUACGUGCCAGGCAAUGAACGAAGCCUUGCAGAGGAGCGUACACGAUGCUACGGCGUUGAAAGUUUUAUACGCGCCAAUCUUCGACGAGAACACUCCCCCCACCACGGUCGGCGUUGAGAACGAGCCUCUCAUCAUCAUGUUGCGAGCUGACGGAAACCCUGGCAGCAUCACGUAUACUUGGACUAAGGAUGGCCAGCCUAUCACGCAGUCGUCGUACAGCAGUGCAAGCGACCGUAUAAUAUCCGAAGGCUCCAUGCUGAACAUCACGCGUCUUUCUCGUAACGAUGCCGGCGUAUACACCUGCGAAGCUGUCAACUCUCAGGGUGCUGCCACUGCUAACAUUAGCGUCUCUGUUCAUUAUUCAGCCAGUGUAGUAUCAGUCAGUCAAAUCGAAAUACGAAAUUCUGGUGAAGAAGCCACACUCGCUUGCACUGCUACUGGUAACCCUCUCACUGCUGAACAUAUUCGAUGGGAACGAAAAGACUACAACUUCAAAUCAAGAACAUCAAGUAGCUUCGAAUCGAAGAAUCUUACUAGUUAUUUAGUUAUAAAUCAAGCCACCAAAGAUGAUGUAGGCAAUUUCGAAUGUGUUGUAAACAAUGGUAUAGGUGAAAGGGAGAGUAAGCAAGAAGUAAUGUUAGUAGUUAAGACUCAGCCUACAAUGGAUUCAGCGCCGAAUUUGAGCAAGUCUGCUUCAAAUGUUGGACAAGUUGGAAGACUGAUUUGCAAGUGCAAAUCAGCUCCAGCACCAAGUUUCACAUGGUCCAAAAGCGGAGCAAAGUUACCAGUAAACACUUCCACCAAAUACUUUGCUGAAUACCACAAAAUUGACCCAGUGACAUACAUGUCCAUUCUUCUGAUUAAUGACGUUUCUUCGUCAGAUUAUGGUUCUUACGUAUGUGAUGCUAGGAAUGAGUUGGGAUUUGAUACUGCGAAGGUUAAGUUGGAUAUCACUAGUGCACCAGAUCAAGUGAUGUCAAUAUCGGUGACAAACGUUACGUAUAACUCAGUGACUUUGGAAUGGGUACCAGGGUUUGAUGGCGGCCUUACUACUUGGUUUAGACUUAGAUAUCGCAAACCUUAUGAAGAAACAUACAGAUAUGAGGACGUAUCACCAAGGAACGCAACGUCGUAUACGAUUGGUGGACUGGAAAAGAAUACAGACUACGUUUUCUCCGUUAUGGCGCUUAACAAAAUAGGACAGAGCAAAUAUAGGCCGGAUGAUACUAAAGCGACAACACUUACUUCUUCAGAAGUAGGCGAGUUGAACGUAGUGACCACAGAAUACGUAGAAACGGCCGACGUGUCGAAGAGCGUAGUUGUAUAUGUGUCUAUCACAGGGGCACUUCUAGUCUUGGUUAAUGCUGCGUUAGUUGCUUGUUUUGUUUUUAAACGUCGAUCUAGACGAUUGAAAGAGCAAGCCGGUCAAGCUUCAAAAUCAGCAACAAUAGAGAUGUACGCUCCAUCCUCCUACAACGAUACUAUGACGGGAGAAACGUUAAGUUCUGUGUCCGAGAAGUCUGAAACGUAUUCACAAGAUGAAGGGAUGGAUGAUAGACAGCCGCCACCGAUACCUGAGGUGCCGAGUAUGCCGAACAGACAUAUGCUGCAGCAAACGGACGCCUACCUAAUGGACGACCAAGGUUUAGUCAUCCCCCCACCAUUGGAUUACCCCCCUCCGAACUAUGCCGUGUAUGAAGGGGAUCAUGCUAGGACUCUGCCGCAUCCGCAUAGGCAUAAGGAUAUAAGUGGGCAUAGCACCCUUGGCCGUAGCGCAGGCAAGCAGAACUACGUCCCCGCACCCUCGCCCAUGCCACCGCUGGAUGGCUCCUACUACAACAUGGCAUCCGACCGUUACCUCUCUUACCCGCCUCUAAUCGGCGAGUACUUGCAGCAACAGCAAACUGGACGAACUCCAACCCCACCUCAGCAGUACGGAGCAGCACCACUACAGAAGCAUAUGCUGAACGGAAUGAGUGGAUCACCCUCUCACGUCGCCAGUCCACCGAUGAGCUAUGGAAUCGAUGUUCCCUUGGAUCGGCAAUCCGCAGGUGGCACGUUGCGACGACGAAACGAAAAAAUGGCUCCCGUACCUCCACCAGACGUCACAGUACUACAUCCGGGAUGCAAUCAGCACCAGCUCUCCCAAACACCAGUGCCAAAGCAGCCGCAGUCCAUCCUAAAGGACCCGUCGAGACACAAAUAUGGAAACCAAUACGGCAGCCCCAUAUCCUCGAGCACACCCCAAAGCAACUCCAGUCAGAUCCUCACAGUGCAAAAUCUCACCUCAGACGUACCACAAUACGGUACCAUUAGAAAAGAAAACAAAAAACAAAACGUUACUAUAGAUGAAUCUUAUAAUAAAAGAAGUGAAACGCACGUGGUAUAAAUAAGUGUUAGUGUUGUGUAAAUACAGUUAGGUAAUGUAGAUAGACUUAAAAAUUUAUUCAAUGUGAUAAGUGUAGUUAGUGGACAGUAAGUGAUUAUGGUACGUUGGUACCUGGACUUUUGAUCUUCGUUGCAAUGUGCCGAUAGGCACAAUGAACGUGACAGGACCGUUUUGUGACCUUGAGAAAGAGCCAAAAAGGAACAAUUCGAAGGACCGUUUUGUAAUCUUGCCAAAAGGCACGAUUAGGAUUGUCACGUUUUUGUUUAACUUUUUAUCAGACAGGUUGGAUUUAAAAUCAAAAUCGCUUGCUGGACAUUUUGAUAACAAUUUUAAAUCCAAUUUUGUUGAUAAAUUCAUGUUUGUCUAUAUGGACGAAUUACAUUAUUAAAUUUGAAACUAAGGCUAGGGAUUAUGAAACUAGCAAAAUCAUGCCAUCUUUUUCUAUGAUAACGAUGAAAAUUUAAGUAUGAUGAUGAUGCUUGCAAGUCAAAUUUUUAUUUGACAAGUUACAAGAAAGCAGGGUUAUGAUAUUUAUUUAAUUAUUAUGGACUAAGACAACUUGAAAUAUAACCUUGCUUUUUGCACCAUCAUUAAUUAUACUACAAACAUUUUCUUCUUUAUCUAUAUGUUUAAUAGACAUAUAUUCUACAUAGCAAUUGGUCAAUUUGAUAAACGUAUCUUUAUUCCAUAAUUAUUUGUAAAGUACUUCUUUUUAUAGUACAUAUUUAUUAAGAUGGCUGAUUUUGCACUAGGUAUUUCAAGUAAAUUAGGUAUUUGCAAUAUAAAACACUUUACGUCUUCAAGUACAUUAUUAAUUAAAAUUCAACACCAAUACAUUUCCCAAAAUCUGUGGCAUUUUUAUUUAUAAUCUGAAGGUUAAAAUAAAUCAAGCCAGAAUAACCUAUAAUUGACUUCAACAUUUCUAACAUCAUUAAGAUUUACUAGAAGUAUCGAAAAUAGACACCUAGUAAUUGACUUUGGAAAAUGGCAUUGUAUUGUAAAACUAAUUUACUUGAAGUGCCAAACAUUUCUCAAUAAUGAUAUACCUACGUCAUUAUUGAACGAACCCUCAAUGAUUGACUGACUUAUCAAUAUUAUUGUAAAUUUAAUUAACGUCCACUCUUAAGCGAAUUAUUGAAAAUACUUCAUUGUCCAAAAUCGUAAUCAUUUUAGAGUAUUUUACUAAUAAUUGAUUUCAUUUCGAAAUGUUUGCUGAUUGAAAUUAACGUAAUUUGUAAUUGAUACAAACGAUUCCCUCGAAGGAUCUCUUUUGAUUAAGUUUUAAAUAGAUUUUCUUAUUAAUUGUUAAUAAAAUUUAUCUUGAUCUUUUUACAAAAUUUAUGGGAGAAUUUUGAAUUUGCCCAGCGGCGGUUAGAUCGUCGUUUGUUUUUAGAAUUUUUCAAUGAUAGUGUUUUGAUAAUCGGGAAUCUAAUGACUGAGAAUCAAUUCAAGACCUUCAUCCUGUUAUCAGUGAUCGGCAAAUAUUUAUACCCUUAUUACACAACCCCCCUCCCCCCCAUUGUAUAAUGUUUUUAUCUGCAAAUAAAUAAUGAUUGAUUGAUUAAUAAACGUCUACUAAAGUUGACAAGCCGUAAUCGUUUGUCCCUUUCCGACGUAUUGGUAUGAUAGAAAGGGACAAACGAUUAUUAGCGGCUAGUCAACUUUAGUAGACAGUUAUGAAUAAGGGGGUUAUUAUUUACCUAAAUGACGUUUCUUAUUAAAAUAAUACUCAAUAUCAAAUCUCGAUUGUCCAAGCACUUCAUUCAGAAUAUUGCAUUUAUUGUUAUUAAAUGAAAUUGAAUUUUUGCUGUUUCUAUUUUAAUAGCAUAAUUUUAAUUACUUUCAAACUAAAUUAAAGAUUUGCUAAUGUUUGGAUUGUAUUCUAAAAUUUCGUCAGUUAAAAUAUUGUGUGAAUUAAAUACCUUCAUUUUGAUCUUCGUUUUAGGUUUAAGUUAACUAAAUUGUACUGCCAAAUUUUCAUUGUGUAUAAUUUUAAUGAAAAGUGUACAUUUAUACUAGAUUUUAUUUUCUACAUCUCCACAUGUAAAUAAAACUAAUACUCAAUCACAAACUGACAAUAAAUGUAAGUUUUAUCGUUUAAUUUUAAUUUAUCCUGCUUAGAUAACUGUAAAUAUAUUAUUUUUAUUUCCUCUACUAUUACAUUAAUAGCUUUUCUACUCCAAAAUUUAAUCGGUUUUAAUACAGAUACCAAAGUUUUAUUAAUUUUUAUUUUUAAGUUAAUAAGCUACUUAAUUAUUUUUAUUUUAUUUUUUGUUUCUCGAAUUUGUAACAAUGUUUUAAUCAACGAUACUGCCAUGGACUGAUUUAAUAAUUGAUUUUGUCUGUUGAUUGAAUUAUUGAAUUUGAAUGAAAUUGAAUUAGAAAUCCAUCCAUUGAUGAAACAUACGAUUUCAUAUACAUAAACAAGCAUAUUUGUUGUUACAUUUCGAAUUUAAAUAAAAAACUAAUUGAAA